AUGUCCAAUCGGUCCGGAACUACUCUCUAUGUCACUGGCUUUGGUCAUGGCACACGAGCUCGUGAUCUGGCCUAUGAGUUCGAACACUACGGCCGCCUCGUUAGAUGCGACAUCCCUGCUCCACGAACUGCUUCCAGCCGACUUUUUGCCUUUGUCGAGUACGAAAGUCGCCGCGAUGCAGACGAUGCCUACCAUGAGAUGCAUAACAAGCGAAUCGGUCGGGAUGAUCUUCUAAAGAUCGAGUGGGCCCGUACUCCUCCUUCUGCAACAUGGCGAUAUGAAGCCGGACGAGGUCGCGAUGGCGAAACUCGUGAGCGUCGCGAAGGUGGUCGUGAUAGCCGAGACAGCCGUGAUCGUCGCGAUCGCGACCGCUCCCCGGCGCGACGUGGUGGCCGUUCACCUUCGCCUCGCCGUCGUGACUAUUCCCCACGCAAGGACGACCGACGUGACCGUGGUGAUCGCGACCGAGAACGUGAUCGAGAUCGAGACUAUGAUGAUCGCCGCCGAUCACGAAGCCCUGCCGACCGGGAUCGUGACCGGGAUCGCGACAUGAAGGAUGACCGAGACCGCCGUGAUGACGAUCGAGACAAUGCCAAUGGUGAAGAUCGUAAAGUCCCGGACUCCCCUCCCGCUGCACAUGAUGAACUGGACACCGCAGAAUGA